AUGGGUCUUACCAAGCAAUAUUUACGUUAUGUGCCCAGUGGCACUUUUAACGUUAUUGCUAGUGGCGAUUGUAACUGUAUUCAUGUUUCGUUGAACGGAAUAAGCGGUAGAUAUGUUGCGGUCGGAGCGUGUGAACAUGUUAUUAUUUGGGAUAUGAGACUUGGCGAGAAGGCCCAAGUUCUUCCUGGUGAGGAUAUAGUAGUUUCACAGAUAGCAGCUAGUCCUAGUGGUAAUCAUAUAGCUGUUGGAUAUGUAGAUGGGAACAUCAAUGUUUUUGAAUUGACCAAUAGUGAUGUUGUAUGUGUAUUUGCUGGACACAAAUCUGCAGUUACCUGUUUGCAAUAUGAUGAGCAGGGUCAUCGUCUGGUUUCCGGUGCUAAGGAUACAGAAGUAAUCCUCUGGGAUGUAGUUUCGGAGACAGGUGUUGCUCGCUUUAGUGGUCACAAGGGAGUCAUAACUAGUGCUCUCUUCAUUAAUGGCAAGAAUUGCAUUGUAAGCUCGUCAAAAGACACAUUUGUCAAAUUUUGGGAUAUUGAGACGAAGCACUGCUUCAAGACUCUAGGAGGACAUCAAAUGGAGGUGUGGUCUGCAGUAUUACUGAAAGAGGAAAGAUAUUUAGUUACGGGCAGUAUGGACCAGUCUCUACGUGUAUGGAAAUUAAACUGGACAAGUGAUUCGAAAGAUGAAGAGAAACUUGUGCGACAACUAGAAAUCGUAAAGCUUGAAGAGACCGACAACAUUGAAGAGUCAUCGGUACUACAAUGCCACCAAGUAGGCACACUAGUGCGAAGCGGAAAAGGUCGAGUAGUAAAUCUCGUUACGGAUCCUGGCCAAAGCAUAUUGGCUUGUCAUGGCACUGACUCUUUAUUGGAACUGUUCUCAUUUUGUUCUGACGAAGAAGCCAAAGUAAGAAUGAACAAACGUGUCAAGAAACAAAGAAAAAAAUUGACAAAAUUAAAGGAGACUGGUGAAGCGAAUGUCGAAACAACAGAAGUACCUGAACUGUUGAAACUAUCGGACGAAGUGAAGCGACUGACUUUAGUCAAGCUGAAUGAGAAAUUGAAGUCCGUUAGUCUAUUACUCGGCACUACCGGGGAACUACGUCUGGGAGUCACUCUAGCCAAUAACACUGUUGAGUUGCAUAGCUUAAAGGUCAGCGAAGGAAAUGAAGUGCAAUGUUUAAAACAAAUAACUCAGCCAGGCCACAAAAAAGAGCCGCGAUGCGUGGCCAUCAGUUCGGAUAACCUUGCCAUACUUUCUGCAUCGGCUGACUCCAUCAAAUUGUGGAGCAGGGCAAAUCAAUCUUGUCUCCGCACAAUCCCAAUGCCCCGUGAUCGUCCCUGUAGUAUUUGUUUCGCCCCGGGAGAUCGGCACGCUCUGGUGGGAUGUGCGGACGGUACACUGCUGCUGAUCGACGUGGCCGCCGGACGAGUUCUGGAGCCGGUGCCCGCGCACACCGGUGAAUGUUCGUCCGUCGGACUUUCGCCGGAUAUGCGAGGUUGUUACUCCGGCGGUAGUGAUAAGACUGUAAAGUUAUGGUCUUUCGAGCUCAUACCGGAUCAGACUGGAGAAUCUAAAGCUAAGGUGUUAUCCCUUCUACAUACAAGAACACUAGAAUUAGAGGAGUCUGUAUUAGCAGUUAAAAUAAGUCCGAAUAAUAAGUUCAUCGCAGUUGCUUUGUUGGACUCCACUGUGAAGAUUUUCUUCCUUGACACGUUUAAGUUUUAUCUAUCCCUAUACGGACACAAGCUACCAGUUCUAUGUUUAGAUAUCAGUUACGACUCAAACAUUAUAGUCACCGGCUCUGCAGAUCGGAACGUCAAGAUCUGGGGCAUGGAUUUUGGUGAUUGCCACAAAUCUAUAUUCGCUCACAAUGACUCUGUGACGGCGUUGCAGUUUGUGCCGAGCACGCACUAUUUCUUUACGGCAUCUAAGGAUGGGAAAGUGAAGCAGUGGGAUGCAGACACUUAUGAUAAUAUCACUACUGUAUAUUCGCACUUCGGCGGGUGCUUGUCGCUGUCGCUGGGCGCGGGCGCGCUGCACGGCGCGUCGUGCGGCGCGGACGGCGCGCUGCGCCUGCUGGCGCGCAGCGGGGAGCCGCUCGUGCUCGGCGACACCGACGAGCGGGACGACGGGCUCGCCACCGGGGAGCACCACGCACCAGUUCCUGGUCUACCUGGUAUAAAUAUACCAACGAAAAAAACUAUUGGAGCAGAAAAAGCUGCGGACUCGAUGAUGGAGUGUCUGUCGGUGGGCGCGGAGUACAAGCGCGAGCUGGGCUCAGCGCGCGGCGCGCCCGUGCAGGCGCCGCUGCUCAUGGCCGCCUACAACUGCGCCACGCCCGAGGACUUCCUCGUAGAAACUGUUAAAAGGAUACGCUCCAGUGAUUUAGAAGAAGCCCUCCUACUGAUACCUUUUAGUGCUGCGUGCGAUUUAGUGAAGAUGCUGCCGAAGCUGCUAGACCGGGGUGACAACGCAGAGCUGUUCUGUCGACUUGCGAUAUUCCUGCUCAAGGUACACCACGCGCCGCUAGUGGCCAACCAGGCCUUGCUGAAGCACAUAAUUCAGAUACAGGCUAAAGCCACCAUGAGGCUCAACGAAUUAAGGGACAUGGUUGGAUACAACUUACACGCACUUCAUUGGCUGAGACGUGACGUAGAGGCGGCCGAUGCCGAACAAUUGUUCAGAGAAGCAACAACUGAGAGACGCGCAAAGGAUAAACGCAGGCGAACUAGACAAGCGAUUAAACGACCUAUAGUUACUGUUACCUAG